AUGAAGGCAUGGAGUUUAUUCAUUUUGGUGGGAUUUAUAGGAGAGUUCCAAGUUUUUGUAAGUGCCUCCUCUCCAGUCAAUUGCCAGUGGGAUUCCUAUGCCCCUUGGUCAGAAUGCAAUGGAUGUACCAAGACUCAGACUCGCAGGCGGUCGGUUGCUGUUUAUGGUCAGUAUGGGGGCCAAUCCUGCGGUGGAAGUGCUUUUCAAAGGCAAUCCUGUGAACCUACCCAAGGAUGCCCAAUAGAAGAGGGAUGUGGAGAGCGUUUCAGGUGUUUUUCAGGUCACUGCAUCAGUAAAUCUUUGGUUUGCAAUGGAGACUCUGACUGUGAAGAAGAUAGCUCUGAUGAAGACAGAUGUGAAGAGUCAGAAAGCAGACCUUCCUGUGACAUUGAUAAACCUCCUCCAAAUGUAGAACUUACCGGAAAUGGUUAUAAUGUUCUCACUGGCCAAUUUAGGAACAGAGUCAUCAACACUAAAAGUUUUGGUGGUCAAUGCAGAAAAGUGUUUAGUGGAGAUGGAAGAGAUUUCUACAGACUGAGUGGAAAUGUCCUUUCCUAUACAUUCCAGGUGAAAGUAAAUAAUGAUUUUAAUUAUGAAUUUUACAAUAGUAGUUGGUCUUACAUAAAACAGACAUCGACAACGCAUACAUCGUCUAGUCAGAAGAGGACCUGGUUUUGGUCCUCAUCAUCUCAUUCAUCCAGUCAUUCUUCAAGUAGCAAUGAAAUCCUUAAGCAAAAGAGUUAUCAGUUAAUGGUUAUUCAGAACACUGUGGAAGUGGCUCAGUUCAUCAAUAACAAUCCAGAAUUUUUAUAUCUUGCUGAGCCGUUCUGGAAGGAACUCUCCCACCUCCCCUCCCUCUAUGACUACAGUGCUUACCGAAGACUCAUCGACCAGUAUGGGACUCACUAUUUGCAGUCUGGAUCCUUAGGAGGAGAGUACAAAGUUCUAUUUUAUUUGGACUCAGAAAAGCUGAAACAAAAAGGUUAUAAUUCAGUAGAUAUGAAGAAAUGUUCCUCCUCAGGUUUCAAUUUAUUCAUCGUUAAAGAAUCAGCAAGCAAAUGUAAGGCCCUGGAAGAUGCUUUGAAAUGGGCUUCAGGAACACAGAGCAAUGUGUUACGAGGAAACCCAUUGGUCAGAGGGGGAAAGCCAGGUUUAGUAGCUAGCCUUAGUUACCUAGAGCUGGACAAUCCUGCUGGAAAUAAAAGGCGAUAUUCUUCCUGGGCAGAAUCUGUGACUGAUCUUCCCCAAGUCAUAAAACAAAAGCUGACACCUUUAUAUGAGCUGGUAAAGGAAGUGCCCUGUGCCUCUGUUAAAAGACUGUACCUGAAACGGGCUCUGGAGGAAUACCUGGAUGAAUUUGACCCCUGCCAUUGUCGGCCUUGUCAAAAUGGUGGCCUGGCCAUUGUUGAGGGGACCCAGUGUCAGUGCCAUUGCAAGCCAUACACAUUUGGUGUAGCGUGUGAGCAAGGAGUCCUAGCAGGGAAUCAGGCAGGAGGGGUGGAUGGAGGUUGGAGUUGCUGGUCCUCUUGGGGCCCCUGUGUUCAAGGGAAGAAAACGAGGAGCCGAGAAUGCAAUAACCCACCUCCCAGUGGGGGAGGGAAAUCUUGUGUUGGAGAAACAUCAGAAAGCCGGCAGUGUGAAGACGAGGAGUUGGAGCAUUUUCGAUUACUUGAACCACAUUGUUUUCCUUUGUCUUUGGUUCCAACAGAGUUCUGUCCAUCACCUCCUGCCUUGAAAGACGGAUUUGUUCAAGAUGAAGGUACCAAGUUUCCUGUCGGGAAAAACAUAGUUUAUACUUGCAAUGAAGGAUAUUCUCUUCUUGGAGACCCUGUUGUCAGAUGUGGAGAAGAUUUAAAGUGGCUUGUUGGGGAAAUGCGUUGUCAGAAAAUAGCCUGUGUCCUACCUGCACUAGUGGAUGGCAUGCAGAGCCAUCCCCAGAAACUCUUCUAUGCAGUGGGCGAGAAGGUGACCCUUUCCUGUCCAGGUAACAUGUCCUUAGAAGGUCCUUCAGCCUUUCUCUGUGGUUCCAGCCUUAAGUGGAGUCCUGAGAUGAAGAAUGUCCAGUGUGUGCGAAAAGGAGCCAAUUCGACACAGGCAGUGCCUGAAUGUCAGCGCUGGGAGAAGCUGCAGAAUUCAGGAUGUGUUUGUAAAAUGCCCUAUGAAUGUGGAUCUUCCUUGGACGUAUGUGCUCGAGAUGAGAGAAGCAAGAGAAUCUUGCCUCUGACAGUUUGCAAGAUGCAUGUUCUUGCCUGCCAGGGUAGAAAUUACACUCUCGCUGGUAGAGACAGCUGUACUCUGCGGGCCACAGUGGAGAGAGCUUGUGGUGCAUGUUCACUAUGGGAAAACUGUGAUGCCCAGAGCAGCCAAUGCGUCUGCCGAGACGCCUCGGAUUGCGAGGAGGAAGGGUUUAGCAUUUGUGUGCACGUGAAUGGCCAGGAGCAGACAAUGACGGAGUGCGAGGCUGGCGCGCUGAGAUGCCGAGGGCAGAGUGUCUCCAUCACCAGCAUCCUACCCUGCGCCACGAAAACCCUGUAG